AUGGACAUGGAGCAAAGUAGUCUGAAAUUAUUAAUUAUAUGUUCCUACGAGGGUGAGCAUCAUGUAAUUCGUUUAGAAGAGGGCACCACGCUGGAGGAUCUUUACCGGAAUAUAUCGAAAAGAUGGAAUAAAGUGAGUAUUGAGGCGGUAAAACUCCAAUAUAUUGCACCUAUUCAGAAAAGCUACGUGACAUUAUUGUGUGACGAUGAUGUCGCCAAUAUGUGGAGAAUGCAUAUCUUGUUAAAGGUAAUGUUUGUGGAUAUGAUUGCACGGUGCAGAAGCGAGCACCAGAGCGUGCCUCUCCGAAGCACGGUUGGACGCAGGGGCGAGGCCGAAUGUUCUGGAUUGAACGAAGAUUGCGCCGAUGGUAUCUUUAUUCCCGACGAAAGUACUAGUCUAAUUGCAAUGCAGAGAUGCAUUGUCGGGGAAGGGCAGACAUUCAAGGGACCGCAGGAGUUUGGAAAGUUACUGAAGAAUUAUUCUAUUGCCACUCAGAAACACUUCAGGUACCAAAAGAAUGAUUCGAGCAAAAUUAUUGCGGUGUGCAUCGACAAAGGCUGUGGUUGGCGUAUUUAUACAUCCUUCCAUGCUCGUGAUGCAUCAUUCAGCAUUCGUAAGUGCAAUUUACAUCACAUAUGUACUAUGAGUCUAUUGCAAUCAAGAGAUCAUCCAGCAGCCGAUGCGAACUGGAUUUCUGAGGUCUACAAAGAUAAGAUACGUUCUAUGCCAGCGUAUAAGGCAUCCGACAUCCGGGAGCAUAUCCAAACAGAUUAUGGGAUUGACGUGAAAUAUCAUAAAGCAUGGCGUGGCAAAGAGAAUGCGAUAAGGGCAAUUAAUGGUGGAGGUAGAGACAGUUUCUCACAACUUCCAUGGUACUGUCAUGCACUUCGGGAGUCAAAUCCGGGAAGUAUUAUAGACUGCGAAGUUGAGCAGGCAACCAAACGUUUCCAACGCCUUUUUGUUUGUUUAGGUGCAUGCCGGCUGGGUUUUUUGAGGGGUUGCAGGCCCCUACUCUUUCUUGAUGGGACACAUAUAAAAAACAAACACAAAGGGUGUCUGCUAAGUGCAAUUGCAGUGGAUGGGGAUGAUGGGAUGUUUACUUUAGCAUUUUCUGCUGUGUCUACGGAAAAUGAUGAAAAUUGGGAGUGGUUUUGCUGGAAGCUGCGAUCUGUUUUAGAAUGUGAGGGACGUACGGAUUGGAAACAGUACACAUUCUUCUCGGAUCGGCACUCGGGUUUACUAAAGUCAAUCUCGUGCGUCUUUCCCGGAGCACAUCAUGCGUACUGUCUCCGACACUUAGUGGACAACUUCCGUACCCAGGUUAUGCGGAGAUACCCAAUGCAUAAUAAGAAACGAUGGACCGCUGUCUUCAAUAAGGCCGCCUAUGCUCCGUUGAGGAGAGAUUUCGAAAACCACAUUAGUUCUGUGGUCGAAUCAAUGCCAUUGGCCAGGGACUUCAUUACCCAAUCACACCCAGAAUGUUGGGCAAAUUCACUAUUCAGAGGCACUCGUUGGGGAAUAAUAAAUAAUAACAUUGCUGAGUCAUGGAAUAGUUGGGUGAGAUCCGCGAGGUCAAUGCCAUUCGUUGGGAUGUUAUAUACCAUUAGAAGGCAAGUGAUGGUAAUGAUGAAUGAACGCCGCGAAAAGUCGGAGAUAAUGCACGGAAGGCUCUGUCCAAAACAGGAGAGCAAGUUGGCACUAUCGUACAUGGCGUCUCGACGGCUACAGUGCAGUUCAUCCUCUAGAACUGUAUUCGAGGUAACAGAUUGUAAUGAAAGAUACGCAGUCGAUUUGGAGGCGCGCAAAUGCUCUUGUCGAGAAUGGCAAAUGUUCCGAUUGCCCUGCAAGCAUGCCUGCGCUUGCAUUGAAAAAUGCAGUAUGUCAAUUUAUGAUUUUUGCGAUCUUUACUAUAGCAUUGAAUCUUACAGAAAAACGUACCAGGAGCCAAUAAAUCCCGUACCGACGCAUGAUAUGGACGUGAUUGUUGAAAUUCAGGCGGACCAAAUUCACCCUCCUCCGUCGUCUGUCCAACCAGGCCGGCCAAAGAAGCGAAGGUUCGAGUCCCAGCAGGAUGUAUAUUUUUCAUGUACUGAGGCAUUUGAUGAUGUAGCUCUGUAG